UUCGUUAUAUUGGUCAUUUGUGUUUUCUCUUUUUUUCUUUUAUCCCCUAGAUUAAUCUAACUAGAAGUUUAUCCAGGUUGUUGAUAUUUUCAAUAAACCAGCCUUGACUUGAUUGGUCUGUGUAGUCCUUGCUAGACAAAGAAACUCAGGUAUGAGUUUCUGAUAUAGCUCAGCCAGCAUGUAAUGAAAUCUUUUUGUUUCUGAGUGAUCCAAUGGUGUAUGUAAUGAUAUAAGCAGAAGAAUAAAAGUGCAGUGCUGACUUGUCAUACACACAGUCAGCCAGCAAACAUUUACUCAACACACACGUCUCCAUACUGUGUCAGGCAUUAGAAAUGCAGAGAUCGAUCAGAUAGAUUUGUUGAUUUUAAGUAACUUACAUAUAAAAAUACAUUUGGUAAAGUACCUAUAUAUUUCAGGUAGAGGAUAGCACAAAUAAACAUAAAACUGUGGGCCAUAGAGUCUGGAAAAAAUUGCAAAAGAUUUCAUAUAGCUCAUUAUAAAUAUUGGGUAUAUGUUCUCCAGGCAGAUGAUAAAAACAGGAGGGAGGAAGCCUUAAGGUCAAAGAGCAGGAGGUAAUAAGAGAGGAAUUAUGGAAUAGCUUGCUGGACUCUUAAAACUGCAGAAAUGUCCACAGAGCUCGUAUGUUCAACACUGUGAUUUUCAGUCCUAAACACAUUGUGGAACACAUUGCUUCCUGAAUUAAUAAAUGAAUGAAUAAAAAUACACUGAGGAAAAUCACAAGCCUUAAAGUCAUUAUUUAGGUACUUACUAAAACCAGGGGUUCCUUCUUUCUCUCUGCUGGAGAUACUUUUGUUAUUGUCUGUUUAAAAAAUAAACUAUGUUAUACAAAGUAUCUAGAAGAAUCAAAUUCAUAGAAACAAAAAGUAAAAUGGUGAUGCCAAGGAUGGGAAGAAUGGAGAAAUGGAGCUAUGUUUAAUGGGUGUAAAAAAGUUCUGGAAAUUCUUUCCCAUAGUGUGAAUAUACUUAACACUACUGUACUGCAUAUCUAACAAUGUGUAAGGAGGCAAAUAUUAUAUUGGGUGUAUUUUACCAGAAUUUCAAAUUUUAAAUUACCUAUGUAGUCACCAAGUGAUUUAGAAUAGGACAGGGUUAUUCUGUCUAUGUUAUAACAUUGGUGAUAUUGGCCACAUUGGCCAGAAUGUUUUCUCAGUCAUGAAACCCCCAUUUUUGUUUUCAUUUUUGCUUUUUGUCAGAUAGGGCUAGAGGGUUUUGAUUCUAUGUAAAGUGCUUAAAAGUGGGAGAGAUUUUAGACCUUUUCCAAAUCUAUUUUAGAAAAUACAUAUCCAAGCUGAGGUCCAAUAUUAUGUCCAUUACCUUGUGGGUUUGCCCUACACAGCAAGCCCUUUCCUGGCAGUAUUCACGGGCAGUUCUAGUAACAAGGCAGGUCCUCAGAAGCCAGGGCAUGUGAGUGGAGCAAAAAGAGGGUGGGGCAUGAAAGAAGAUCCUGAGAGAUGAGAACAUGGUGGAACGGAUGCAGACAGGAAAAUGGGUGACCUGAAUGAGCUCCACCCGAGCAGGGUAGUAGCACAGGAAUGCUUUUGUCUUGGGACAGCAAAAGACACUGGACCAGGCCAAUUGUCAGAGAGUAUGGAGAGAGCCCUGGACAGGAUCAAGCAGUGGCGAGGCCACCAUGGCAACCAGAGGAGGAAGGAGAUCUAAGAUGAUAUUCAUCAGAACUAAAUUGAUCCCGUGUCAUUGGGAUGAGAGUGUGUAAGAGGGGAUGGGUAUAAUAUGCACACCUAAUUGUUGCAGUGCUCACCAUCUGGGGGAUGGACACACUAGAAGCUCUGAUCCUGUGGGGCAAAGGCCAUAUACAUAACCUAAACAUUUUUACCCCUGUAAUAUGCUGAAAUUUAAAAAAAAAUUAAAAAAGAACUAAAUCUUGUGGGAAAAGUACCACAAAGAUCUACUAACCCGGAAGGCUAUACUCAACAUUACAGAAAUCCCCUCCAAAAGUGAGAGAUGUGGUGAUUGGUACAAUGGGCAAGUGUGGAUAGGGCAGCCCAGGAAGGAGGCAUUAGGGGCUGAGGGAUGGGGGUUGCAGGUGCCAGCGAAAGAGAAGAUGCCUUUUUGCACACCCCAACCUCUUUCAUAGACUUCAAAAAUAAUAAAUUUGGAAGGGGUCUCAUUCCACAUUACAUUACACAUAUUAGCUAUAUGAAAAUUCAUCUGCAAUGUGAUUCAAUAAUGUUGUAGGAAAAAAAGCAUAAUGGGUUUUGAUAAUAUUUCUUUGCAAAUAAUUAUAUUUUGCAAGGUUUUUAUGUUUUCUUUUUGUUUGUGUUUUAGUUUGAUUUUAACAAGGUAGAGGUUUUACGUCAAGCUUCUGAUAUUGUUUUAGACCUUUGAAAGUUCACAGGUAGUAGGUUCUAGGCCUGUGUUGCUCCCCUGAUAAAACCACCUUACCCUCCACUCUUCACUGCGCACACUUCUUGGGCAGUUUUAUCUAGUCCUGUCACAUCAGCUGCCCCUAAAUGAUACAAGUGCUAAAAUGCAGCUUCAGGUCCACACGACAAACCACCACCCAGAGGUGGUUGUCUUCCCUGGGCAACCCAUACUCACACUUAGCAGGUGGAAAGCUAGGCUCACUCUGGACCUUCUUUCACACCCUGUGUGGUACUUCAGAUCAUCUUGUAUUAGCAGAAGACACCCAAUCAUUCAUCCUCUGAAUUUGAAAGCCCAAGGAUCAUUAUCAAGGCCUAUCCUUCACUCCAUUCUCUUAACCACUUUGGCACUGUGCUUACUGUCCGUUAAACAUUGCCCUCUGCUGGCACUAAUAGUCGGCCUGAUAGUUUGAGCCAUACAUUGAUAACGAAUCCGUUUUGCUCUUGUGUGAUGAGGAAAGGUUUAAAGCACUGAAAGCUUGCUUUACAUUAUAGGCAGCUUUAGGAAAAUAACUAUAAUAACUCAUAGUAAGGACUUGUUAAAAGGUCACAGAUUUCUAGUAACUUAUUUGCUGAACAUACACACUGCAACUACAGAGAUAAAAGCUGUAAAAGUAAAAGCUUUUGCUUGUCGCCUAAAGUCUACCUCAGCUGUGCACCUUCAUUAUCAGGGCUGUUGGCUAAAGUCCAUCCUCAGCUGUCCGUUUUCAUCUGUGGCUGUCAACUAUAGUCGAUGCUCCUAUAGAAAUGGUAAGUAGGCUUAAGUCCCAUCGAUUCCUUAAUAUUUCUGUUACCUGACUCAUAUGUUCCUACCUCAGUAAAAAAAAUACCAUUGUGCACUUCAUCUCACCUCUAAUAUUACCUGAAUCUACCUCUCUCCUUCCUCAUGCCAAAGCCUCAGCAGGGCCCCAGUCACUGCCACAUUGAUUGGUCUGAUUGGGUUCCCAACACUAUGCUUUUCUCCUGAAAGUUGGCCCCUGCAACCCAUCCCCUACACUUCUAUUAGCUAGAGGGAUGCUAAAUGCCAGUUUUAUCACAGCAAUCCCCUCACAAAAUUCUUCAGUGGCUCCCACGGUUUCUGAGCUCUCAGAAUCAGUAUAGAAAGUUCCUUAGGAUCGAACUCUAAUUCCUAAUAGUUUCCUUCCAUAAUCUCUUUCAUCAUUCUGCCUGUGUUAUUUUCAUAAAUGGUUAAGUAUCCACUAUGCACCAACCACUGCUGAAGGAUCCUACACAUGUCUCAUGCUCUCUCACCAUUUACAAAUAAAUGGAAUUCGUAAUUACACCAUGCCAUUUUCUACUACUUUACCUAUGCAAACAUUGGUUUUUUUUUCUUCCUAAACUUUUUCCCCAUCUCCUGUGCCUAAUUAACUACAGUCCAUAAAAGACUGACUACAGAGAUAAAAUAUAGUGUGUUUUCUUUACUUAUAACAUACCUGGUUUUCUUUAGGAGCCCCCAGUCACAAAUUUCAGGAAAAAAUUAAGUCCAAUUCCCAUUUUACAAAUGAGAAACCUGAGAGUCAGUCAGCAUAAAGAACUUGUUCAAAUUUAUACAGCAAGUAGAAGAGCUUGAUUUGUCCAAAAGUGGUACUUAUAAGUAUGCUAUACCACUUUUUUCCAAAUGGCUUUUUUAUGGAAGUGUUUGCACUGCUUAUAGGAGCUUUCGGCUGUGAAGAAUAUUGCUAUAUCCUGAGUGGCAAAAAUUUGGUCCAUUCAAGCAAUUUUAAUUAAUCCCUUCUGGCAACUUUAGGACAAUAUAGGGAAGAACAAUUGCUCACUUCUUGUCCCUCAGGGAAAUGAUACAUUGUGGUAAUGUGAGAGAAUAUUAGAAAUUGUAUUGAUGUUUACUUGUAUCCUUAAAUGUAGUGAUGAUGCUUUGCUAAUAUACUGAUACUAGUAAAUAAAGACUCUCUAUAUGCAUGAAUUAGGGGUGCAUGCCCCAAAGAUUUUACUGGUAGGAGUUUGAGAUAAGCAGUAUAGGGUCCCUGUUCUCUACUGUCCCCUGCUCAUUUCCUUCUACUCUCCAUGAUGCUCACUCCAGUUGAGCCACAACUCACCAACCUCACUCUCAGUUUCUACCCACCUAUCCUCACACAGUGCACUCACUACCUUUAUCCAGGCCCCUGCUCAAAUGGAUCUCCCUAGGGAGAUAUCACCCACACCCCACCCCACCAUGAACUCUCCCUCCACUUAUCCUGCUUUACUCCUCUCCCUCACAGUUACAUUUAUCUGACAGUAUAUAUUUGUGUGAAUCACCACAAACAGAAUGAAAGCUCAGGGAGUCUAGGAGCCUUCUCUGUUUUGUUUCCAGCCUUUUCUCCAGUGCAGUAGGAAUUAUGACCUGAAUGGAUGAAUGUAGAUUUUGCUCUUCUGUUACCAUGUACACUCCUGAGUGUAGAUCUUUUUUGACUAAACUUGUUUGGCUGUCUUGUGGGUUUGUCUUAUGUAUAGGCCAGUACUGCCUUUUCCCAUGGCUGGUUUCUGUUUGGCAUCCAAGAGAACAUUCUUCAAUACUCAAAAUGUUUGGUAUCCAUGCUGUAGUAUAAGGUGUAGUCAUUAACCACAUAUUGCUAUUUAGCUCUUGAAAAAUGUCGAGUGUAACUGAAACAGUGAAAUUUUUAUUGCAUUUAUUUCUUCAGAAUGUUUAGUAUAAUUGUGAGUGGAUUUCAAUUCCUAGAACUUUAGUUAAGGAAAAAAUAUUUCAAAACUACAGGUUCAAAGGCAACAGUGGUUGUACCCUCUCUUCCAAUGUGUCAAGUGUCAUAUUCUAGAACUCUUUUAUGAUUCCUUAGUAAAUCCUGGUGAAAUGCAAAUGUAAUUAUUUACUGAAACUAAAAGAAGAAGGGCAAGGCAAAAAUGAAUUUGAAUUGCUGGAAAGUGCCUUAAGUGACUUAAUUUGGUGUAAUUAUGUACAGAUUGUGAACAUGAUGCUCUUUCAAACUGUCUUCAAAGUUAACAAAAAAGGAACAAGCACAGCAGAAGAACCUGACAUCAAGGGUUGUGUCAUCCUAUAGGCCUGUUUCGCAGAACCCAGGAUUCCUCGAUUCUUUUUGUCCUCACCAUGCUGGAACUCCCGGUCCUUUCUGGAAACACCACAUUCAUCCUCCUAAUUUGGCCCUACCCACCUCUCCACUGCCCUAUAUAUUUUUGGAUCAGCAAGCCAUCUCUCAUGUAACAAUUGUAUAUGUUCAUGUUUGUUCCUCAAAUGGCCCUCAACUUCCUCUCUAGGGAUCAUCACAUCUCUCUCACUGACUUUGGCAUUCAUUUCUUCCUUCUCAUCACCCUGUCAGCAGCAGAGUGUCAGAUGCUGGCCGUCCUGGCUUAGCACUGCUACGUGGCCAUCUGUCACCCAUUGUGCUACCCCAUCCACAUUCCCCAUGUCCUCUGUGUUCUCCUGGUGCUUCCAUCUUGGCUGAGGACAGUGCUAAAUGCCUUGAUCCAUGUGCUCUGCCCUCUGACUUUCCAUUACUUCACUUCCAAGGAAGGUCUUCAUUUUGUUUCUCAGAUCCCAGCUGUAUUUGAACUAGUCUCUUCUGACACUUUCCUCUAUAUAAGGGUCUUUUUAUCCAUGGUGUUAUUUUUCUCUUCCCUCCUAUCUUAGCUAUUAUGGCCUCUUAUUUAUUUACACUGUCCACUCGACUGGUGACAGUCUCAAGCCUGGGGCACAUAGAAACCCGGGAUACUUACUUCUCUCACAUGCCCCUGGAGUCCCUAUUCUAUGUGGCUGCCAUUACCAAGUACCUUCUGGAACAGUCUCAUUCCCCUGGGCAGUAGAAGUGGUCACUGCAUCUACACCAUCCUAAUGCCAAUACUAAACCCUCUCAUCUACAAUCUGACAAACGUGGUUGUCUUUUGAGCCCCCAGGAGAGCUCUCAGAAAAUAGGGAAUAUGACAUAUUUAAAUUUCCACUGAAAAUCCAAAUCUAAAACAAUGAAACAUAUACAUUAAAAUGGUAGGUUUACCAUAUGUAGAGAGACAUUCAUAUGCAUUUAACUAUAAAGCCAGAUAUUUUGAAGAACAGAUAAUAGACACACAGAAAUGAUCCUGUCUUGAAAGUCGAUAUGUAAAUUGGUCAUUUUCUUCCUUUUAUUCAUUUUUGUAUUUGUACUCCAAUAUAAUAUAUUUGGAAUGUGGCUUAUUUGUGUACUAUAUCAAAUAUCCAUUUCUUAUUCCUGUGCAAUCAUCUUAUUUGGUCAUUGUUAUUUAUUUUGCUAUAUUUUUGCUUUUAUUUGAGAAAUAAUUGUAUAUGUAAAUGUUGGACACAGUGUAAUCAUUUUAUCUAGGCAUACUUUGGGAAAGAUGUGAUAAAACUAAUUGACAUUUCUCAAAAAUCAGAAAUGAAUGUUCCACAGCUAUAUGUCAAAAAGCUCAACCAAUCUAAUCGUCAUGGAAAUGAAAGUUAAAGUCACAGUGAGCUAUUACCCCACACCUGUGAGAAUGCCUAUUCUCAAUAUGAUGAAUGCUAAGUUCUGGUGAGGAUGUGGAGAAAAGGAAACACUUGUAUGUUGUUUUGCUGUGAAAAUAAAUCAGGACAGCCAAAUUUAUUUGUAUUUCAGUAAAUUAAGAGGGUACCAGUCGUGUUUUUUUCUUUGAUGUCUACCCCCCAGCCCUGAAUCCCUGGUGAGCACCACCACCAUUUGAGCACUGUAGUGUUAAUCAGUCAGUACCAAUUUGAUGGCAAGUAUAUGUGAAGCCCCAUUCUUCUGAUCUUGUGUCACUUAGAUUCGGAUAUUGGGCUCACUCAAUUGAGUAAAAUAUAAGUAGUGCCAGCUAACUGUCAUUUCUUAAAAUUGAGUAAUAUUUCAUUGUAAACAUAUGCCCAAUAUUAACAAUCCACUCAUGAAUUGAUGGGCUCUUGGGUGGUUUUUAUUUUUUUACUUUAAAAUUGUAAAUCAUUAAUUUUGUUUCAUCAGAAUUUGUAUCUUCGGAGGUGUAGGUGCUUAUCAAAUAAUCAACAGGUGUCUUGAAAGUUUCAUCAAACUAUAGGAGCUCCCUCUAAGAAAGCCCACAGGGGAGGGGGAACUGCAAUGCAGAUUAAGGGUAAUGACAUGUUCAUUACCCUUAGGAUAACCUAGGUCACUUUGCAAAUCUUAUUACGUCUUGGCUGGGGAAACGCUAUAUUGAUAAAACUUUCCCUCCUUCCUCAGGUGUAAAAGUGGCUCAGGGUAGAAUUAAGGGUGGAGCAGCACCAAAUUGGAAUGGCAGCCUUAUCCAUCUCCACAGCUGGAGCAAUUGAUGGAAACAGCACCAAAACAGGGCACCAUUGUCCCAAGAAGGACUAGAGAUACUAACUAUCUUCUUAAGAUUUGUAAAUCCUUUUGAAAGAUUUUUAAAAGGUUUUUUUUAAAGAAAUGCUUUUUCUGAAACCAAGAAACAUCACUUUCAAAUGAAAUAUCAAGGACAUAGCUCCCUAUCCCACAAUUUCCAUGUGAAGAUGGGAUCCAAACUUCAGUGAGCACCUAGCUUUAAGUUGCAAAAUUAUCUCCUCCUGCAUUAACUUCAGAAGCUUGUUUUUUAUUUGAAUUUAACCAAUUAUCAAAAACAGAGUCUCACUAAUUACCCAGUAAGUUUAUGGUGCACUGAUUAGGACAAAUAGGGCUGUCUAGACUUCUUUCUUCAAAGCUAAUUAUUAUUUAUCUAGAUAACAUGUAUGUAAAAGUUAGAAUAUGCUUAGUUAUAUACAGGAACGACUUUAUGUGUCCUUUUGCAAUCUCUCAGUGGAUUGUCACUGUGCACAUCACAUUCUGCUUUAAUUGAGUAAUAAAAGGGUUUUCUUUUAAUUCCCUUUUAACUUUGUGAAGAGGUUUUCUUAUUUGGAGACUCUUGACUUUUAAUAUUUCCUGAACACUUUCCAGAAUUAAAAAUGCAACAUAAACAUAAAAUGUGUCCACCACUUCUAAAUUAGAAGGGCUUUGAACACUAGAUUCCUGCUUGAGCUUCCAGUCUAUAACCUGCAACUCUGCAGCACAGAGCUUCACUGUCCCAACACCUGCACACAGUAAGUUCUCUAGGCCUCUUUGGUGUCUAUUGCCCCCCAGAGCAUACUUAGAAGAGAUUCCUAUGAAUAUACUCUCAUAGGAUAAUAAUCACUAGUUCUAUCCUUUCUCUAAAUGAAUCUCACAUCUUUAGCACUGAAAUGGAUUUAGAGACCAUGGGGCUCAGACACAAACAGGAACAAGAUAAUGAGCUCUGGGUUGGACACACAAACUCCCUUUCUGCCUUUUGUUCUUGCCCCAGUGCAAGGAAAUGUGCAGUGAGUCCUUCUGAAUUCAUGCCUCUCUAGAGACCUAAAUCUGCAGCUCUGAAUUCUGAAUCCAUGUUUCCUCGGGAUGCAUUAGAGCAGCUUCUGAAGAGUAAUUUCUCUUCCUGUUUUCAUUCCCUCUCUGUAAAAGCAAAGUAUACAAAAGUUCAAUCCAAACUAGACCUGGCCUGAACCUGAAAUUCACAAGACAGUGACAUACUAUGGACUGAGGAAGGACCAAAAUCUCAGGGGAGACAAAUGCUUCAGUGUAAGAGAUCAACAUGGACUUGUAAGUUGAUUUUGAAAGGACCUAUUUGGAGUGAGUGUAAAGAAUUUUCUAGAUCUUGUGUAGUGUCAUAAUUAUGUGAGAAUAGAAAGAAUGGCACCACAUCUAAAUUUUUCUGUAAAUUAUUGCACACUUACUACUUAUCUUUCUGGUAUAACAAGGAUUAAAUCACACUAUAUAAAUGCUCUUCACAGUGCAAAAAAUCAUACUUCUGAGCACAUAGCACAUGCUCAGUGUACAUUGCAUUAUGCUGCUCUUCACUUUGUAAAUUAAGUGUAUGUUGUGAUGAGUGUUGGGCAAAAGGCAGUAUGUAUGCUGUGCUUGUUUUCUCUACCUGAGUGCUACUAAUAAUGGAUCUAGGUUGAGAGACAUCAGCACUAAAAGGGGACCUGACAAAGAACCCAAUGAAUGUACCCCUUCCACACCAGCUGACCACGUUUCUCAGAGUGAGGCCCACAGUACUACAUGAUUUAUAUUCACAGUGAUGUUUCAGAGACAAUUUUAAGGUAAUUACCUCUCAGCCCAGGCUUUCAAUUAGGAUAUCUUGGCUAGAUUGAAGGAACACCAUCACCUGCCUGUUGGGCUGGGUGGGAACAUCCAUGUGGUUUUAAUUGUGCCCCAAGUAAUUCUAAUUUGUUACUGUUGUCAAGCAAUAGGACUCCUGCAUACAUUCAUGAUAAUUGAGUUUAGCCUUUGUACCAGAGAUAAGUCACAGUUUCUUCUCUGUUGAGUUUGGUAGAGGCAGAUCAGUGUGGUCCAGAUUCCCAUUCCUGUGGCAGAAACUCCUGGCACCUGUGGCAGAGGCAGGUAUCCAGAAGAAAAGACAGGAAAACCUCUCAUUUUGGUCUCCAUGAAGGAGCUGAUCAUAGCUGAAUCUUUCCUGUGACGAAAAACAAGUGAUUGUAGCCUUUCUGCAUUUUAUGUUCCUCCUGCUUGUGAAUAUUGUGUAAACAAGUGAAUAAAUUGUGCUGACUCCUUUCAGGUCAGUCUAAAGAUUUAAUUGUAAUUGUUCUACACAAUCUCACCUGAAAAGAAAUUUCAGAGUAGGAGAAGAAGAAGAAGAAAUGGCUGGUUAUCAGGUAAGUGUGUCCCAGAUUUGGCAUUGUGUCCACUAUUUCUUCCAGAUAGUCAUAUAGAAUGUAAAUUUUUUGAACUUGUAAACCUUUACUUCUUUAAUUCUGAUGUGUAUGCCUAAUAAGUUUUGUAACUACAUUUUUUUAUUUCUUCUUAUGGUAGUCAAGGUUCUCUGGGAAAUCUUUCCUUCCUAUAUAACAGAGCCUGCUGUACAUUCUCUCCCACAAGCUUGUUACUACAAUAACCAUGUUUUCUAAGAAAUAUAUGGCAUAUAAUAUUAAAAAUGUUCCCAUCGUGAGAGGUAAAGAUAGAAUAAUGUGAAUGUUUGAGAUUCCCACUGGGGAUAGGAUAGAGUCUUUGGAUUUGAGUGAGGAAGGGAAACAGGUACUCUCAAAGUUUGAUCUAGAUGCUUCAUCAUCUCUACGUAAUAUAUUAUUAGGAAAGUUCAGAAAGAAGAUAGGAUUGAUUGCCUAAGAUAACCAGAAAAUUAUGGAAAAACUAUAAAAUAAAAGACUUGCUCCGUAUGAUGCUAAAGUAUUUACAUACAUUAUUAAAGAUAAAACAUGGGAAGUAUCUGUAUCUGAAAUUUGGAUAAAUCUGAUGAUUCUUCAUGGUUACAUAUUGUUGGCCACUACCAUCCCAGCAGUGAUUUUGUAUCCUCCUCUUUGCAACAAUGCCUAACACCAAUUCAUUCUGCUAAAGUUAUGCUAAUUUCAUUCACUUGCUUAAGGUGCUUUCUGACAGAGUCAUCCAAUAUAAAGUUAAUUGUUUUUUUUCUUUAUCAUUAAGUGUCUUGUGGAGAUUUACUGACUGAUGUGCAUGAGCCAUUACAUUUAAUCUAGAAGCUCUAAUUUCUUCUUAUAGCUUGCUUUGAAAAAUGAGGGCUAUUAUCUGUGUUCUGUUCAGAUGAACUGAGAUAAAUUCAAAGUCUACCACUUUCCGGAUAUUGACAAAAUACUCUCCUUAGGCAAGAAGCAUUGUUGUCAGUAGUUAUAUUAUGUGAAAUACAGAGAUUGAGACCCCACCCCAGAUCAUCUGAAUCAGAAGCUGUAUUUUAACAAAAUCUCCAGUUACUUAUUGUACUUGUAAAAAUUAGGUGAUACCUUCUGUCUAUGAUCCUGCAUGUGAGAAAUAUACACAAUUUAUUGAGGUGAUAUAAAUAUAACACCCAUAAAUUUAUAUUACCAUUGUAAGGCCCUUAAUUUUGUAUUAAAUACUUUAUCAUCCAUAGCAGAAUCAUAUGCACAAAAUUUCAUAGAUCUUUUGUGAUCCUCAUUCCAGUGGAUAAGAGAAUAUAUUCAAGAAUAUCAAUGUGCUAGAAAAUAUCUUUUUGGAUAAUUCCAGUCACUCAUAUGUCAGAAACAGUUCUCAUAACUCAUUUUCCUUGUAGUCAAGUGAAUAACUCUCUCUAUGGCCACUUGGGAAAUAUGUGUCUUUUUACAGGAGAUGGUGACAUUCAGGGAUGUGGCUGUAGAAUUCUCUCCAGAGGAGUGGGCAUGCCUUGACAAUGCUCAGCGGAAUUUGUAUAGGGAUGUGAUGUUGGAGAACUACUGAAACCUGGUCUCCCUUGGUUUUGCUGUCUCAAAGCCAGAGCUGAUUGCAUGUCUGGAGCAAAGGAUAGAGCCCUGGAUUAUGAAGAAAGAGGAAACAAUAGUUAAAUAUCCAGAACUCUCUUCCCAUUGCAACAAAGACCUGUUGCCUGAGCAGUGUAUAAAAGACCCCUUUCAGAAAUCAAUAAUGAGAUUAUAUGGAAGAAAUGGCCUUGAAUAUAUACACUUAAGAAGAGACUGGGAGUGUGGGGGUGAGUAUAAGAGGCAGAAAUCAUGUUCUGAUGGUCUUACCCAAUGUUUGUCAACUUGCCACAGAAAAUUAUUCAAAUGUUAUAAAUGUAUAAAUGUCUUUAGCAAAUCAUCAAAUCUAAAUAGACACAAGACAAGACAUACUGGAGAGAAAUGUUUCAAACUUAAUGAAAGUGGCAAAACUUAUAACCACAGCUCUAAUGUUUCUGGACAUAGAAAAAAUCAUACAAGAGAGAAAUUCUACAAGUGUGAAGAAUGUGGAAAACCCUUCAACUGUUGCUCAAAACUUACUAUACAUAGGAGAAUUCACACUGGAGAGAAACCCUACAAGUGUGAAGAAUGUGGCAAAGCCUUUAUGUGUUGCACAAAACUUACUCUACAUAAAAAAAUUCAUAUGGGAGAGAAACCAUACAAAUGUGAAGAAUGUGGCAAAGCCUUUACCCAUUUCACAUCCCUUACUCAACAUAAAAGAAUUCAUACUGGAGAGAAACCCUACAAAUGUGAAGAAUGUGGCAAAGCCUUUAACCAGUCCUCAGUCCUUACUCGACAUAAAAGAAUCCAUACUGGAGAAAAACCCUACAAAUGUGAAGAAUGUGGAAAAGCCUUUAGCCUGUGCACAAACCUUACUGAACAUAAAAGAAUCCAUACUGGAGAGAAACCCUACAAAUGUGAAGAAUGUGGAAAAGCCUUUACCCUGUGCACAAACCUUACUCGACAUAAAAGAAUCCAUACUGGAGAGAAACCCUACAAAUGUGAAGAAUGUGGAAAAGCCUUUACCCUGUGCACAAACCUUACUCGACAUAAAAGAAUCCAUACUGGAGAGAAACCUUACAAAUGUGAAGAAUGUGGCAAAGCUUUUACCCGCUGCAUAAACCUUACUCAACAUAAAAGAACUCAUACUGGAGAGAAACCCUACAAAUGUGAAAUAUGUGGCAAAGCCUUUAACCAGUCCUCAGUCCUUACUACACAUAAAAGAAUCCAUACUGGAGAAAAACCCUACAAAUGUGUGGACUGUGGUAAAGCCUUUACCCUGUGCACACACCUUACUCGACAUAAAAGAAUUCAUACUGGAGAGAAACUCUAAAAAUGUGUAGAAUGUGGCAAAGCCAUUAUCCCGUUCAGAGACCUCACUCAACAUAAAUGAAUCCAUACAGGAGAGAAACCAUACACAUGUGAGGAAUGUGGCAAAGCAUUUUCCCAGUGCUCACACAUUAAUCUACAUAAAAGAAUUCAUAUCAGAGAAAAAUUCUAUGAAUGUGAAAAUUGUGACAUAGUCUUUAAUAACUGUUUACAUCUUAUUCUACAUCAAAGAAAUCAGACUAGAUAAAAGUGAGAUAAAUGUAAUGAGUAUGUAAGUGCUUUACCAAAGGAUUAGCCUUAAAAUGCACAACAGUACUUAUACUUAAAGCAAAACUAAUAAUGUAGACUGCUGACAAUACCAUUAGUUAUAACAGAUCUUAUCGGACAUGGGAGAACUUACACUGCAAAUAAUGCUCCAAUAUUUUCUCAAACAUUGCUCAUCAUCACAAAAAUUUUAAGGAAUAGAAAC